AUGAGACAACAUGACAUUUUGACAACAGUCCAGGAAGUCUUUACAAAGAAGUCUCAACAAAGUCUUUACAAAGAAGUCUCAACAAAGUCUUUACAAAGAAGUCUCAACAAAGUCUUUACAAAGAAGUCUCAACAAAGUCUUUACAAAGAAGUCUCAACAAAGUCUUUACAAAGAAGUCUCAACAAAGUCUUUACAAAGAAGUCUCAACAAAGUCUUUACAAAGAAGUCUCAACAAAGUCUUUACAAAGAAGUCUCAACAAAGUCUUUACAAAGAAGUCUCAACAAAGUCUUUACAAAGAAGUCUCAACAAAGUCUUUACAAAGAAGUCUCAACAAAGUCUUUACAAAGAAGUCUCAACAAAGUCUUUACAAAGAAGUCUCAACAAAGUCUUUACAAAACAUUGACAAAACAUUGACAAGAAAGUUCAUGACAAAGUCUUUACAAAACAUUGACAAAACAUUGACAAGAAAGUUCAUGACAAAGUCUUUACAAAGAAGUCUCAACAAAGUCUUUACAAAGAAGUCUCAACAAAGUCUUUACAAAGAAGUCUCAACAAAGUCUUUACAAAGAAGUCUCAACAAAGUCUUUACAAAGAAGUCUCAACAAAGUCUUUACAAAGAAGUCUCAACAAAGUCUUUACGAUGA